AUGUUCAACAAGGUAUAUGUCGUUGCAGAAGGCUAUUCAAAACCAAUAGGAAAUUCGAAUGAUAUGCGUGCAAAUUGCUCCUGCACUGUGAUACGAACCACAAGUGGCUGUAACAUUAUAGUGGACACAAUGACCGCCUGGGAUGGGCAGGUUAUUAGAGAUGGCCUACAAAACAUCGGGCUAACACCGCAAGACAUCAAAUAUGUAGUGUGCACUCAUGGCCAUUCGGAUCACAUUGGUUGCAAUUAUCUUUUUACUUCGGCCGAAUGGCAUUUUGUUGGUGCUUGCAUGUCGCAUGGAGACAAAUACCCUGAAUAUGAUUUUGCAACACCGUAUUCACUAGACAAUGGGAAUGUGGUGAUCAUGAGAACUCCUGGUCAUACGCUCACUUGCGUAUCGGUAGUGGUAUUUAAUGCAGAUCUACAAAGUGGUGGAACAGUUGGAAUUUGUGGUGAUCUCUUUGAGCGUGAGGAAGACGUCUACGAUCAGGAAAUAUGGUUGAAUGCUGGUUCGGAACAUCCUCAACUGCAGCGCGAAAAUCGUUCCAAAAUGGCAGAUAUGUGUUCUUAUAUUAUACCUGGACAUGACAAAGGUUUUCGUGUUACCGAAGAAAUAAGGGAGAAGUUGCGCUUGAAUUUAUGUUAG